CCAAAUUUUUUCAUUAUCCCAAAAGAGUAACUUUAAUUUUAAGUCUGAUUAAAAAGAAGAAAAAAAAAGGAAAAAAAAAUGGAAUACCAUUAAAAACUUUUAUCGGUUCAAACGAUGGAGGAAAAGUUGAUAAAAUGAAGCUUCACGAUCUCUUUCGCGGAAUCAAAUUUUAAAUUAAAAAAAAAAAAAAAGAAAAAAAAAGAAAAUAAAAGUAAAAAAAAGACAAAACAAUUAGCCUACAUAAAAUACAUACACAAAGACAGACGUAAAAUCUAUAAUCAGAUAUGGAUGUAAAUGAAGAUGCUCCGGAGGACGUAAAACGUGCCGUUUCGGUAGAAAAGGAGAUAAGAAAGGGUGAAAAGGAUGACAAAUUUGAAGUACAUCCACAAGAAAGAGACAAGAAGAAAAAAAAAUGGUUACAUUGUGCCAAACCAUUGCCGAAGAGAAAGAAAACUAUGGCAGAGGAUGAAUGUUGUCAGAAAAAAAAGAAGAAGGCAGCGGCGAAAGAUAUGAAACAAGUAACAGUGAUGAUUUAUGGUAAACCAUGCGUUUUUCCUAAACAGGACACCAUUCCGAGACAUUGUUUGUCAAAGAAAGAAUACAUCGAUCUAUUAGCCACUCCGAAUUAUAGAUGUCCAUCACCAUGUUUGCAAGAGGAAGUAAAAAGAAAGUUAAAACCAAUUUCAACAAGAAUCAAAGAACUCGCUCGGCCAACAAAGCACCGUAUGUUAAUGACCCUGCAGGAAGUUGGUACUAGGUUGAAGCCCGAAUUUGUGGAUAAUUUAAUAAAAUCACUGGAGGGUGAAACUUGUCUUACACCAGAGCAAGCAGCGAAGGCGUUUCGCGAUAAAAAACGUAAGAGAAUCGCUAAGAAACGAGAAAGGACACGUAAGUUAGGCCGGAUUACUCGAAUGGCGAAAAAAUCUGGUGCAGCAAGUUCUACAAUGUUGGACAAGGAUGCAGUAAUGUGUCAAUAUAUGAUGGCCGAGUGUUUUGUUAAGAGUAUUCUUGAUUGGAAAUGUCCUAUACCGAAGGAAGAGUACGAGGAUAUUGCAAGUGUGAUAAUGAGAAGAUUGAGUUACAUUCUUGAAUAUACGCCGACCGAUGAGAGCGAUCGUAAGUCUCAGCAGAUGCGUUUCCUCUCAGAUAUAAUAGCUUCCUGGAUAUCGGGGGUUCUCUUCGAAGUUGCGGAUGAUCAUGAGAAGGAAUUAAAGGAAAUUUGUGAGAAAAAACGAAAGGAAGAAGAGGAA